GGUCCUGGUUCCCGGAUUCUCAGUUGCUUCAGCCUCACUGGCAUAACUUGGGUACAUCCCGCUGGAAGAAGCUUUUCACUUGAACUGUUUUCACUGUGAGGGAGAAACCAUCUCUCCCAGCGUCAGUGGUCCUCACGACUCUGUAACAUUUUAUCUUGAACUGUCAGAAACUUAGAUACGUAGGAUGCAGCCCUUGACGAAAAAUGAAAAUAGGCUAGUGAACAAGGGACCUGCCAGCAGGGGGCGGGGCUGACCCGCCCGCCGUCAUGCGCAGUUCGUCCCUGCGCACGCCCCGCCCCCAGGCCGCCCGCCUCUUCCUGCCUGGCGCAGGUCCCCGCAGAUCCCCGAACCGCCCAGCGCGAGGCGGCAGAGGCCCCGAAGAACGUGAGUCCCGCCGCCUUCCGUCCCCCACUCCGGGUCCGGGGUCUCUUCGGACUGUUCCCCGCCCACUACCGUGGUACCUCCAACGUCGCUGCGGGCGCCCGCGCGUACCCCUCGCGGUUCACAGUUCCCGUGAGGCCGAGCCCCGCCCCUGGCCUCGCUUCCACGCGCCUUUUCUGUCGUUUUCCUGCCUGAAGCCUUUCCCUGGCGUCUCAGGCCUCCCGCACCUGGUGACCCUCCACCACGGGCUCUGCGGCUCCCGAAGCGCAGCGCCGGCCACCCAGCUCCAGGAGGAGGCCCACCGCGCCCUCCGGUCUCCCGGUGGCCCCUCCGGCCGACCGCCGCCCCCAACCGCCUCCCCGCGGCCUCAGCCGGGCCCUCUGCCCCCCAGGCCGCCCCUGCAAGGCGCCUCCUCCCCGGACCGCGUUACGGGAGGAUUGGCUUCUAAGAAAGACUCAAGUUCCCUGAGGCCAGAGUCCGGAAAAAGAGGAGGAGGACGGCAGAGAAGGAGCCGGGAAUGGCUGUUCCUCAGGGAUGGUUGACCUUAAGGGAUGUGGCCGUCAGAUCUCCCAGGAGGAGUGGGAAUGCCUGGAUCCUGCUCAGCGGGCCUCGUACCGGGACGUGAUGCUGGAGAACUACAGGAACCUGGUGUCCCUGGCCUGGAAGCCCCCUCCUCCACCUCUCAGCAUCUUGUCAGCGUCCUCGGACCUUUUCCCCUCUUAGUACCGUCACUGAACUGAACUUACAGUUUUCUAAUUGAAUUUUAAAUCCACGGGUAAAAUUCAGUGCCCGUGUCAGCAUCCUCAAGGCCUGAACAGUUUACUAACGCCGAAAGAAAGAUUCAUUUGUGAUGUUAAAAUAAAAUAAGGGGUAUAAAAUGAACGUUCUCCUUAAAAGUUUUUUAUUUCAUCUUUCAUAGUUUGGAAUUUUAAAAGUAGGUCUGUCCAGAGAUCUAAGUACUUGUUCUUUAAUUAUUUUUCUUUCAACACUGAGAUAAUACAUUAACUUGUCAUCUAGAUUAAGGGUAAAAAAGGGAUCGCAGAGAAGGGAAAAAUAAAAACGAUGAUGGGAAAUAGUAAGUUUUUUACGUCAUUUCGACAUUACUUGGCUGGCUACUACCUACACCUGGAUGCUUUUAUUAGAAAACGAGAGCGCAAAUCGAGUGUUUUGAGUAACACGUUUAAACGUUUGACCCUUUAAUGGCAGAAGCUCCUAAGUAACUGUUGUGGCCAUUGGGAUGUUGGAACAAUUUUCAAGUUUCAUGAUCCACAAUGCAUACAUACAAUAAUAACAAAAGCAGAACAGCGCAUACCGAAUGCUGUUAGACUUAUACGUACUGCCGUCGUGAUGAAGUAACUGCAUUGGCUCCCAUUCAUAUAUUCAUUCAAAAGCCUUAUUCCGAAACUGACAUUCACACACGAUUAAAAAUCCUCAGUGUGCUUGGCCAGAAGUAAAUUCUUGUCUUAACAGAGGUGCAGGUGAUACUUUCAAAAUUACUCCUGUAUUUGGGGAAAAGCUCAAUUUUAGCCUUUCUUCCUAUGUAUUUCGCGUGGCCAGGGCCGGAGAGGAAGGGCUUUGUGGGGGUCUGGGGAAGUGACUUCUCACAUUUGACUACAGAAUGUGAUGUAUACCGCUGUAAACGUUCAGGCUUUGAACGAGAAAGCGAAUGGAGUGAAAUCGCUCCCACGCCAUGCAUCUUGUGUGUUCAUCUUACCCGCCAGCCAAACUUUCUCCAUCAAUCUGGGGAGGUCAACCGCGGAAACGCCUCCUGAAAGGGAAAAGCCAGGGUCCUAAGGUGGUGUGUGCUGCCUUACCCAGCGUUACCUGAAGCAUUCAGCUACUUAACCCAUAUAACAAGCUUCUCGUUUCAAUUUGGUCGUUUCCGUGGGGAAUUGCGGCAAGGGUAGGUUCUGGGUGUGGCGAUGCCAAGAGGAAGCUCACCUCUCAUCUUUCCUGCUUCUGGUAACCUUCCCAACGCUAACCCCCGUGAUCGGCCCUAAAGACCUGCCAACCAGGAUAUGGGGGGCUGUGGCCGAACCCGACCCUGCCGCCGCCGCAGACUGCUGAGGCGCGGGACUGGGAACCCUGUGCGAGUGCGCUUCUCCCCCAUUCUUCGGCGGCUGGAGGCGGAUCCCCUUCCCUGCACGCAAGUCCUUAUAUGCACCGGUUGCACCAGCCCGCGUUACUCCAGCCCCACAAGUAAUUAAUGGGGGAGGGAGGGCGUCGCUCUUCUUUUUCUAUGGAUUUUUUCAGCGCUGGAGCUUUAGAAUCCUGACGAGAAACCAGUAGUUGCGAUUGAAGGGACAUUUUGUUGCAGCGCACGAAUUGGAUACACAUAAAGUCCCUUUGCCCCUACGACAAGCACGGCAGAGUUACGAACAGCUCUUCAGAUACAGCCAGAAUUACCCGCAAAAAGCCUGGGCAGAAAGGGUGCUCACCCCUCCCCCACCCACGCCGGUGCAGAGGGACCCGGUCAGGACGCGCGGCUUCUCCCCUGCCGGAGACCACGCCCCCUCCGCCGCCUUCCCCCUUCACUCCUCCCAGGAAGCGGUGAUAAGACAGUUCUGUGUGGCUCUCCACCCCCAUCCCCCGGCAGAGUGGAGGAGUUUUAUGUGUCUCAUAACAGCCAGUGCAGCCGCCAUCCACGCACAAGCAAAGAAGCAUGUCCCAUUUAAAUACACCCACGCAGCCCCAGAGCCCUUAGCCUAUCCGGGCGCGCAGCCCACACGCACCGCGGCUCUGAGCUUGGAGAUCCGCGCAGGUUGGGCUCGCGGACCCCGCAGACCGACGCGCUGAGGAUCAGGAUCCGGUGCUGUGGGGCCGGGGUGGUCGGGGGAAGCUGGGCCCGGGGCCUCUGGCGCGACACCCGCAUGAGGACGCGAGUGAAAUAGACCAAGGUGGAAAUUCCCAGGGAGAAGCUUUGGGGUGAUUUUGGUCCAUUUCUCCGGCAAAGAAGUAGACAUGGCGAGCGACUCCCCGGCUCGCAGCCUGGAUGAAAUCGAUCUCUCGGCUCUGAGGAAAGAAUUUCCGCUUCCGUCAGGUGGCAGGAAACCUGAGCGAAGAUGCUGGUUUCCCCCGGUCCUGAGGAGACCUUGGAUAUCGGGAUGACUGCGGCCAUAUCGCUUCCUACUGCCAGGGAUCAGUUUAGAAGAAGCAUGGGCCCCAGUCCUGACCAAUGGACCCAGAGGCAUUCUUCUGGAGACCGUUACAAGCUCUCCCCGCUCUUAAGAAGGGACAAGACGAAGGAGGGAGGAACGUGCUCUUUCCUGUGCCCUCUGGUUUGGACCUCGGGGCAGGAGGGGGUGAUCCUCGUCCCCGCUGCGAUCCACAUGCUGAGCUGACCGCUGCUGGGAGACCCUGACUUCACCCCGGACACACUGGAACCCCCGUCAUGUCCUGACUUCUGGUCACUACGCUGCUGACUCUUCUGUCCUUAUGGCCCAAAGCAAUAGCUAAAACCACCUCUUUGCUUAUUUAUUCCUGCUGCUCUCCUGCUCCUAAAAUGUGAGCUCCCUGAGGGGAGCACCUGG